CUACGUAGUUUUUAUUGAAGCCUGAAAUCCAAUUUGUGGAGUAAAAUGGGUGAGAAUAAUACUACUUUGGUAUCUCUCUUCCUCAUUGUAAUAAUGCUUAUUUGUUCCUAUCAAGCUUCAGCAUCUUGCAUCAAUCAAGAGAGGGAAUCACUGCUUAGACUGAAAGCAAGUUUUAUUGAUUCUUCUAAUCGGUUGAGUUCUUGGAAAGGAACUGAUUGUUGCAAGUGGGACGGCGUGGUGUGCGAUCAUAUUACAAAUGCCAGCCAUGUCGUCAAGCUUGAUCUUCGAAAUUAUGAGUAUUCCUAUUCCUCUGCUCUGCUUAGCAAAGGUGUAGAUUCUAGUUUGUUUGAGUUGAAAUAUUUGAAUUACUUGGAUUUAAGUGCCAAUUUUUUCAAUUACACUCAAACCCCAAUUCAUUUUGCUGAGCUGUUGGAAUUAACGUAUCUCAAUCUAUCUGUCACUUUCUUCAAUGGAACAAUUCCACGUUCUCUUGGAAAUUUAUCUAAACUGGUUGUCCUUGAUUUCAAUACACAAGGUUAUUUGUAUGGGUCAGACGGCUACUAUUAUCCGGGAGAGUUGAUUGUUGAUGGCCUUGAAUGGGUUUCUAGUCUUUCAUCUUUGGAAUACCUUGACUUGGGUGGUGUGCUCGUUCCAAGUAAAUCAGGUUUAGAUUUGAUGAAAGUGUUCAAUGCUAUGCCUCCUUUAUUGUCAUUAAAAUUGAGUUCUUGUGGUCUUCAAAACACCUACCAUCAUAUUUAUGCUCCUUUAAAUUCUUCAUUUCUCUCCAAAAUUCAACAUCUAGAUUUGUCUUAUAACAUGCUUGAUGGUCCAAUUCCUAGUAUUCUUCAAAAUAUGACUUCAAUGAAAUUCCUAAAUCUUUAUGAUAAUAGAUAUAAUUCUUCAAUCCCAUCUUGGUUAAGUAAUCUUAAGAAUCUUGAUACUUUGAAUCUUGGAUUGAACUUCCUCAGCAGCAUCCAAGGUGGUUUGUCCUCAAUGGUUAGAAACAAUUGCCACCUAAAAAAUGUGGAUUUAUCAUUUAACCAUUUCCUUAAUGAAGAUGUUUUUGGAAGUUUCGAAAAUUUAUCUACAGGUUGUCAAGAAUAUUGUCUAGAAAGGCUUGAUCUAGAACACACCCAACUUGGCUCACACAAAAUUCCAAGUUGGUUAGGAGAAUUAAGAAACUUGAAGCAUCUUAAUCUUGGAAAUAAUUCACUUUAUGGUCCAAUUCCUUCUUCAUUCGGAAAUUUGUCUAAUCUUGAGGAAUUGUUUAUUUCUUAUAAUAUGCUUACUGGAGAAAUUCCAAUAUCUUUUGGAAAAUUAUCAAACUUAAUGAUAUUGGAUCUUAGAGAGAACAAUUUGGAUGGAGCCAUUCCGAAAAGUUUUGGACAACUUACGAAUCUCUUUGGAUUGGAUUUUUCUAAGAAUGACCUCAAAGGUGUUCUUUCAGAAAUUCACUUUGUUAACCUCACUCGUUUGAAAUAUUUAUUUAUGAAUGAAAAUGGGCUUCUAUCUUUUGAAAUGAAUCAUAAUUGGGUUCCUCCUUUCCAAUUGAAGAUUUUUUCGGUAAGCUCGAUUCUGGGCUUUGGUAAAUGUGAAUUUCCUCGAUGGAUUGGAACACAAAAACAAAUGUCAUAUUUAAAUUUGUUCAAUACUAAUGUUAUAGGACCCAUACCAACGUGGUUAAGAUCCAAAAAUUUACAAUUUUUAGAUCUUUCCUAUAAUCAAAUCACUGGAGCACUUCCAAACAGCAUUGAUGAUCAAAUGCCAAAUUUGAUUGCACUAAUCAUUUCCAAUGCUCAUAUCAGUGGUUCCUUGCCACAGUCCCUUUGCAGAUUGAAGAAUCUAUCCUUUCUUAGAGUUUCAAACAAUAGGCUAUCUGGUACAAUUUCUAGUUGUUUGUCAGUUCUAGACUUGGUCAUCUUGGACUUAUCAUCAAACAAUCUCCAAGGAGUAUUUCCAAUUUCAUUCCAAAAUCUUUCAAAUCUUGAAGUAAUGAACUUGGCAAGAAAUCAACUUGAAGGAGAGCCACUCAUGGCCAUGAGAAGUUUCAAAUUUUUGUCUGUUUUGGACCUUGAAGGGAACAAAUUUUGUGGCAAUAUUCCUAAAUGGAUGGGAAGAAGGUUGCACAAUUUGCAAAUUUUGAAUCUUCGAGGCAAUAUGUUCAAUGGCACGAUUCCUUCAACUUUAUGGUUACUUCCUCGAUUACAAAUUUUGAUUCUCGCUGACAACAAAUUAGUGGGAAACAUCCCGCCAAAUGUUGGCAAUUUUAGUGCAAGUCGAGGACCAAUAACAGAUGAUGAUGCUGUGUGCAACCCUGAAAAAGAUCCUUGGGCACUUUGUUACGUAAGUUACAUCACGCAAUUCAUUAAAUCAAGCCCUUUGAACUACUCCUAUUUACAACUCUAUUCAAUGGUGACUAUAGACCUCUCCAAUAACAACUUUCAUGGACAUAUUCCAAGGGAAGUAGUGGUAAUAAAUGGUUUGAUUGGCUUAAAUUUGUCUCAUAAUGAUCUAUCAGGAACCAUUCCUGUGGAGAUUGGAAGAUCGGUAGCAUUAGAAUCCCUUGACCUCUCUUUCAAUCAACUAUUUGGGUCAAUUCCAAAUAGUAUGUCCAGCUUAAAUUCACUAGGCGCAUUGAAUUUAUCCAACAACAAUUUCUCUGGACCAAUUCCUCGAGAAGGACAUUUUUCAACCUUCAAUGAUGCAUCCAGUUAUGAAGGCAAUCCAUAUCUUUGUGGAGAACCACUCUCUAUUAUAUGCCCCAACGAAAAUGCAGGUGAAGGUGCCAUUGAAAUGAAUGAUAAUGUUCAUGAUAAUGAUGGUUAUGAAGAAGAUAAGAUGGAUAAAAUGUGGUUUUGUAUUAUUGUGAUGGUUGGAUUUGCUUUCGGAUUUUGGGUAGUUGUUGGAACUUUAAUAUUGAAGAAAAGUUGGAGACAUGCUUAUUUCCGGUUUGUGGAGGAAACAAAGGAGAGGAUCCAUGUUGCAAUGUUUCUGAAUAUGACAAAGUUAAAACAACGAAGGAGAAGAAACAUGUGGUAGUUUAUGUUAAUGUAAUAGUUUUGUUGGGCUUUGAUAUAUGAAACAUGUAAUAAUUUUGUUGGACUUUGAUAUGUUGAGUCCAUCAAUUGAGACAAAGAAUUGUCUUCUUUCCUUUAUAUGGCAUAGUUCUCUUGUCAAUUGAAAUAAAGAACGUGUUAUUGCCAAAUAA